UUCAGGACCAGGUGUCCAAGUUGCCUUGUUCUUGGUAUAUUAUGAAAUGUAUACUACUUACGAUACUACUAACCAUUGCAGGCCAGCAACUAGUGUCAUAUCUACACCCCGGAUACAGCAUCUUCAAAGUAACUACUAACUAUAACGAUAUCUGGCAUGUGUUAGAAAGACCCAUUCAAAACUUUUCGGAAUGCACCAUGACUUACAAUGACUUUUCUCCAAUUCUUCCUUGCGCUCCUCCCAUCAGCCAUGCUGCAUCCGCCUACCCCGCGCAUAUCUGACAACAUGCAGCUUGUCCUCAGUGCUGCGGCUUGUCUUGGGAUAAUAGCAGUAAUUGCUCGGGGUUUCCUUCCUCAAUCAAAUAGUGGCCUUCCUCUCCCUCCCUCCCCUCCUACUCGGAGACUUCGUGGACACUUCCUGCCGCCUCACAGCCCAUAUCUCACCGUAGCGAGAUGGAUUGACGAAUACGGUCCUCUAAUCACCAUUCGGUCAGGACUUGAGAACAUCGUUAUUAUCGGCCGUUACAAAGCCGUGGUAGAUAUCAUGGAGAAUCAAGGCAAAUCACUAGCUGAUCGUCCUCGCAUGAUUGCUGCUGGAGAAAUGUUUAACGGCGGAAUCAGCAUCGCCUUUGCACCCUUUGGGGAAAGGUUUCGUCGCAUGCGUAGAGCACUUCAUACGCAUCUCCAACCUAAAGCAGCUGAGGCAUAUCAGCCCCUGCAGAUGUCACACGCGAAGAACACCGUACUCGACAUCCUUGAUGAUCCAUACAACUUCCAAGACCAUGUGACAACUUAUGCUGCGACGACGAUUAUGAAAGUUGCAUAUGGGACGACUGCGCCCACAUCUGCGACUGAUCCUGAAGUCGUUGAAAUUACCCAACUCUUUAGGAUGACUAAUACAAUCCUCCGCCCUGGUGCUUAUCUGGUGGACACGAUCCCUUGGCUCAGAUACCUUCCUUGGUAUGGUCGAGAGUUAAAACUGGGAUUUGAGAGGAGCAUGAAACUCUACAUGAGUCACCUGAACCGCGUGAAAGAGCAAAUGCAAAGCAAUGUGGACAUCGGCCCUUCGUUCGCGAAACAUAUGCUAGAAGGUAGCGAUCUCUUUGGUUUGACAGAGGCUGAAACGGCCUCGCUUGCUGGUACCUUUUUCGGAGCUGGAUCAAGUACGACUGUUGUGGCGAUAUGCACGGUGUUCAUGGCAGCCGCUUGUUUCCCGGAGGAGCAAGCUACAGUUCAAGCAGAGCUCGAUGCGGUCAUCGGAAGGCAGCGAGCGCCGACCUUCGCCGACCAAGAUUUCCUUCCUCGCCUGCACGCCUUCAUUUCUGAGGCUGUAAGAUGGAGACCCGUGGGUCCCAACGGAUUGGCUCACCGAACAACCAACGACGUGAUUUGGGAAAACUAUUGUAUUCCAGCGGGGACUACGGUACUCGGCAACCAAUGGGCCAUUUCUCGAGAUCCAGAAGUCUACCCUGAGCCUGACGCGUUCAAACCUCAGCGCUGGAUUGAUGACCAAGGUCGCCUCAGAGACGAUCUACAAAACUUUAUCUACGGGUUUGGCCGGCGUGUAUGCCCCGGUCAACAUGUCGCGAACAGAUCGGUGUUCAUCAACUCGCUUCUUAUUCUUUGGGCCUUCCGGCUUGCUCUGGAUCCUACGAAGCCAGUGGAUGACAUGGGGUACAUGAACAGGGAGUUGUCAAAACGGCCGUGCCCAAUUGAAUUUGAGACGAGGAUUCCGGGGACGGAACUCAGGCGCAUGAUGCAGAACUAUCCUGAGGUUGCUUGAUCACCAAUUUAUGCACGCAGGAUCACUCUAAGACUCGCGGUAUCAGACCUUGUCACAAAUGUAAACUGUGUAUUGAUUUCUUCUUGCCGGGUACCCAGGAGGACAAACGCUCAGUAAUCGAAUGUAUAACUGAUGCGCUGAUCCAAUACCAGUAUCCUAUAAUACUAUUCGAUGAUUCAAAGUCUAGCUCCGUCCCUAUUCUCGUUUACUACUGACAACCCAUCUAAGUAGUCAAAUCCACAUCCCAACCACCUGAUGAGGGCGCGCCAACGCGUGUUCUAGUCAGGCUCUUUGGUCAUUUUCAUGUCAUGCCACUGGCAGUCAAAACCAACGCGAACUACUUAGAGC